ACAAAAAAAAAAAAAAUGAAAAAUCUAAUAAUUUUAUUGCCAAAAAAAUAAAUUCCACACUUGAUCCUAAUUUUCUAAUAAUAAAUUCACAGUUAAUACAAAAAUACUUGAAUAAUUUACUCAAUUAAAAUUAUUAUAUAAACACCUUUAAAUAUUAAUAAUUAUAUUGCCAUUUUUUGUGUGACUCAACUAAUCAAUACAGCAAAAAAAAGAGAAAAAAAAAAAAUUCACUCAAAUUUAAGUAUUGACGCCACGAAUAACAACUUAUCGAUUUGUUAUUUUUUUUACAAUUAAAACCAUAGGAAUAAAAUAAUAUCUCAAGGUUAUGUCUGAAAAACACGAAUUACCAUCAGACACUGAUGAUGAUGAUGAUGAAGAUUAUGUACCAGAAGGUGCAGAAGAACCUGUAUCUGAAGCUGAAUCGGAAGGUGAUGUUGAAAGUGGUCCAGAUGAUGAGAACAACGAGAAUAAACAAUUAACUAAAAAUAAUACUAAAAAAAGACGUAAUAAUAAACAAAAAAGUAACAAUUUAAAACGUAAAAAAAUUGAAGUUAAUUCAAAUGAUGCUGAUGAUGACGAUGAUGAUGAUAAUGACAACGAAACUAAAGAAUUAACUGAAGAAGAAGAGAAAAAAAGAGCAGACUUAUUGUGGGCUGAUUUUAUGAAAGGUUCAGAAGAUACAACAACAACAACACCAAAACCAGUUGAAAAAAAAAUAUCAGCACCAAUAGUAAAGCCAAAAGUUGAAGAAAAAAAAGUAAAAAUAACAAAAAUAUUUGAAUUUGCUGGUGAAGAAAUAAAAGUUGAAAAGGAGGUACCAAUUGAUUCAGCUGAGGCACGUUUAAAAUUAUCAACAACUGAGCUAACAUCAAAUUCAUCAGCUAAAAAAAUUGGUAAUAAUUCAACAAUAUGUGGUGGUAGACGUGGUGGACUUGGUGGUUUAUCAUCAAUAUUAAGUAACAUUGGUAAAAAAACAAAAAUAAGUACAUUAGAAAAAACAAAACUAGAUUGGGAUAAUUUUAAACGUGAUGAAAAACUUGAUGAAGAAAUAACAAAUCAUAAUAGAGGUAAGGAUGGAUAUUUAGAACGUCAAGAUUUUUUACAACGUACUGAUGUACGACAAUUUGAAAUUGAAAAAAAUUUACGAACAACUAGAAGAAGUAAUCGUUGAUUUAAAUUUUAAAAAAUAAAACCAAUUGAUCUUGAAAAAUUUGAUGAAACAUAAUUAAUUUAAAAUCAAAUUUAUUUUACACAAAAUAAAAACUGCCGAGUAUUAAUUAUUGUGCAUUGAUUCUUCAAUAAUCAUGUAAAUUAAAAUUUAGCUUCAACAAUUGCUUGUGUUCAAAAAAUAAUCAAGCAAAUCGUGAUAAUGCAUUUUUAAAAAAUCACAAUAAGCCCUACAAAUUAGCUUCAUUGUAAUAAUCAACAAUACGAUAUUUAAUUUAUGAUGAUGAUGAUGAUGAUUGACUAAUUUAAAAAAAAAAUAAAUAAAGCCACUUUGAAUUUAUGAAGACUUGAAGUUUACUGUAAUUGUAAACUCAUUAGCCUACGAAAUAAAAUAACCACUACAAUUUUUUUUUUGUUUUUUUUUUUACAAACAAUUUCUUUUCAAUUUAAAAAUGAUUUUUUUUUAUUACCAAUUAACAAUACAUAUUAAAAAUAAAGAAAAACAAAAUACAAUUGAUAAAUUUGUGGCUGUUUUAUUGAUAUUGUCCUUAACAUUUGUUGAUAAAUUUUAUUUUAUUAUAUCAAUUGAAAAAAAAAAAACAACAACACAAUUGGUCAUCAUGUAAAUUAAUUUAUGUGACAGUUAGAAGUGUCUGUAUUUUUUUUCGUUUGAAUUAAUUUCAAGUGUGAUAGUAAAUAAGGAAAAAAAAAUAUUUUUAAAUAAUCCUAUUGAUUGUUUAUGUCUUGGGGAAUGUAUUUUUCAACAUUCAAGUUGAAGAAGAAUGUAGUGAAGAGACGCCAGACAGUCGCGACCUUGCCAUCAAGAAAAUAAUUUACCCCUCAAUAAUUCAGAAUGAAUAUUGCAAGCAUCGACCCUGCUACUGGUUAUAUAUUUUACUUGAAGUAUAACUUCGGCAUGCAAUAUCGAUGGCGCCUUUGAAAUACCAGUAUCAUACAAAUUCGAAAUACACGUGACUUGUAUCUCAAUAAUUUUAUUAAAAAAAAAUCCAGUUGACGUCAGCUAAAUGAGAAUUAACAAGUAUCAAAUUAUGUCCUUCAGGCAAUUUACAAAUUUUCAAAUAAACUAUCAGGUGAAUCAUCAACAGACAUUUAAAAUUACACUCUAUAUUUUUUUUAUUAUUUUUAGAUAUUUAAUUUAUUUUUUUCUUCAAUCAUAACUAAACUGGUUUUUUCCAUUGGAAUUUUAACAGCUGUUUUUCAUCAAAUUAUUUUGCCGAUAUAUAAAUAUAUUAUAAAAUUAUUAUUAUUUAAAUAUAUACCUGAAUGAUUUAAAUUUAAACUUUUAAUUUUUCUUUUUUUUUUUAUUAAGCUGUAUAAAUAUUAUAUAAACGUUUUAAAUUAAAUAUUUAAAUAUUUUUUUUUUAAAUUUAAA